AUGGCUACUGAAUCCUCCUAUCCAACACUGAGCGCCAAGCUCGACCUCCGGGGUGAACAAUUCCGAGCGAACAAAGAUAGCUGGGUUCCCGUACUGGAGAAAUUCGAAAAUGCCUUGAAGCAAGUGUCCGCCGAAGGAAAUGAUGUUUCUUUGCGGAGACAUCAAACUCGAGGCCAGCUUCUGCCUAGAGAUCGCGUCGCAUUACUGUUGGAUCAGGAUUCACCUUUUCUUGAAUUGGGUGCGUUUGCUGGAUUUCGAAAUGAAGACUCGACGCCUUGCGCGAAUUUGAUUUCUGGGAUUGGAAAUGUUUGUGGGCGGCCUUGCUUUCUCAUGUCCCAUAUUCCGACGCAAAGUGGUGGCGCAUGGAAUGAAAUGACUGUUCUGAAAGUGAAUAGAAUGAUGGAGAUUGCGUUCGAAAAUGACCUUCCGUUGAUCUCCCUAGUUCAAUCGGCUGGUGUAUUCCUACCUCAGCAGUUCCGAGUCUUUCACAAGGGUGGACAGCUAUUCCACGAUCUUGCCGUGCGAACGCAGCACGGCAAGCCUUCCUGCGCAAUUGUGUUCGGAUCUUCCACGGCAGGAGGAGCCUAUCACCCAGCGCUCUCCGACUACACUAUUUUUGUCGAAAAUCAAGCGCAAGCAUUCCUCGGUGGCCCUCCUCUCGUCAAAAUGGCUACGGGUGAAAUCAUUGGUGCCGAGGAGUUGGGAGGUGCGAAAGUACACGCUGUGACUACCGGUCUUGCUGACCAGAUUGCAACGGAUGAAUUCGAUGCCAUCCAAAAGGCUAGGGAAUGGGUAGCUUCGCUGCAGAUGCGAACUCCUCCGAGACUGGAUAUUAUUGAACCCGUUGCACCUCGAUAUCCGAUUGAAGACCUGUUAUCCCUCGUGAAUCCCGACAUUCGCAAACCUUUCGAUAUGAAUGAGGUUCUUCUGCGUAUUGUGGAUGACUCUCGGCUCUCAGUCUUCAAACCGAAAUAUGGCCCCAACAUUAUCACCGCAUGGGCUCACAUCAUGGGUUUCCCCGUUGGUAUCGUCGCAAAUCAGAUCUCGGUCAUCAAUCCCAACGAAGCUGCAAAGGCUGCCCAAUUCAUCCGAAUGUGUAAUCAACAGAACACGCCUAUUAUCUUCCUACACAAUGUCACCGGAUUCAUGGUCGGCGCUAAAGCCGAGCACGCAGGAAUUAUCAAAAUGGGCGCCCAACUAGUUUCCGCCGUGAGCUGUUCCACAGUCCCUCACAUCUCCAUCAUCCUUGGGGCGUCUUAUGGAGCUGGCAACUACGCCAUGUGCGGCCGAUCCUACAAACCCCGUUUCUUAUUCACCUGGCCGACCGGUCGCUGCAGUGUGAUGGGUCCUGAUCAGUUGUCGGGAGUGAUGGAAAAUGUGCAGAUAGCCAGUGCCAAAUCUAAGGGCCAGACUCUGUCUCCAGAAAAGUUGCAGAAGCAGGUCAAAGGAUUCAGAGAUCGGGUUGAGCGGGAUGCGGAAUGCUAUUCGACUAGCUCGAUGCUGAUCGAUGAUGGAAUUAUUGAUCCACGAGAUACGCGGGAUGUUUUGGGAAUGUGUUUGGAGACGGUGACUUUGCAAGGUGCGAAGGGUACAGAAACGCAUAAUUUGCUUGCGAGGAUUUGA